GAUUGAGCGCAUGUUGAUGAAAUCGAUACGCGUUGGUAGCUGUUAUUUGGCACAUAAAUGUACGUAAGUUGUGCCUAAUGUUAUUAAUAACUCGAAAAGCGUUCCCAUUUUCCGCUUCCAACUUCAUCUUCACGCAUCCCCGGACUCUCUGUGUCUGAAGGAACAGAACAGUUUGGAAAGAAUUCCAAGUGUUUGAAAAACACCCAAUUCACAAACCCCUUUUCAUGCGUGCACCACAGACAAUGUGACAUGACGAAUGUCAUGACGGUCAUGCUCGACUCUGUGAAUGCGUUUGUUAUCUGACAUGUCUACUCUGAAGGUCUACUUGAAGGCUAAAUGUUUUUACAGCUAAAGUACUUUCAUGCGAUACAUCUCCAGUCAGAAUGGAUAAGCACCCAGACAUUUACACACAUCCUUUUCCAAAUCGGCACCUCAAAUGGGACCAUAAGUUGAACCUCAUUGGAGAAAAAGUGGUAGAUCCUAUGAUUCACUGCUGUGAGAAAUGUUGCCUGCCCAUUCUGAGCUACGGACGAAUGAUACCUUGCAAGCAUGUCUUCUGCUUUGAUUGUGCCAAAGCCACGGACAAGAGCUGCUUGAGAUGUGGUGACAGCGUUCAGCGAAUUGAACAAUCCCCCCUGGGUGGUAUCUUCUUGUGUACGCACGGGGGCUCCAAGCACAGCCCUGGGGGCUGCCGAAGGACUUACCUGUCUCAGCGAGACCUGCAGGCCCACAUUAAUCACCGGCACAACAGGCACCAGACGGCAGCCAGCAGCAGCAGCAGCGGUAGCAGCCAGUCGGCUGCCCCACCGCCAAGCAGCAGCAGCAACGACCAGGCCAGCCGGCACGAGCGCCCGAUAGGGGAGGACCCCCGCACGGCCCGCUACGCUGCCCAGCCUGAGCCUUACAGCACCCCCGUCAGCCAGCCCCCACACCUACAUGACCGCAUGCCCUACGAGACUGAGUCCGGGCCGGACAUCCCAGACUCACCGACUGCCCACGGGGAGUAUGGCAUGGAGCGGGUGCAGGUCAGGAAGUCCAACCUCAUCACCGUGCCCCUUCAGGAGGAGAAAACAUAUACUGGACAUGAGCCUGGCCCCCCACCGCCCCAGCAGGGACACCAGGGGCACCAGCUCCCACCCCCUGCCGUGACUUACCCCGGGCAACAGCCCAUGCCCCAGCACCAGGUCCCUCCCCCGCCCCCUCCCCAGUCUCCCUUGUACCCAGUCCAAGGGGUACCGCCGCCCAUGGUCCACCCACCGCCGGCUCCCAUGCCGUACUCAGGCGUAGCAGUCCGCCCAGUCAUGACAGUCACCCCCACUGUGCACCAGGCACCCCUACCAACCCCGCCGACUGUUCCUUACUCGGCCGUUCACGUCCCCGCCCCUGCCAUCCCCCCUUCCGUGACCCUACCGGGUCCCCUGCCCAUGUACAGUACCGCAUCGCAGCCCCAUUACACCCCCUCUACCCAGGUGCAGAGCCCAUCCUUCCAGAGUCCAGGCGCUGCCCCAACGUCAGUUCAGAGCUGGGCGCCCGGGGUGUCGAUGCCUCCACAGAGCAUGGGUGCCAUGCCACCCAUCCUCCCGGGACUCUCGCCUCAACCUGCAGGAGUCAGGCCCGAUCUAGGACCCCCUCCCCCUCGAGGUCCAUUGCCUGAUGCUGUUCGCUAUAGACCACCAUACUACCAACAUCAGUAGGCCUAAUUCUUUACUGAGCGCUAUGAACACCAUAGCUCCAAUAACAUACAAUUAACCACUGCAUUUUUUUAGCAGUACACACAUAGCCUAUAAAUAUUAGAUUCCUGUGUCUCGUUUAAGGUUUAUCGAAUUCAGCUUUAGCUUGCUGUUAGGAAAAUUUGAAGAAUUCUGGCAAAAUGAGAAUGAACCGGGAAGGAGAUUUGGUGAAGAAAGCAUUUUUUUCUUUUAACUUUCAGAUUUAUUGAUUUGCAAUCUUUGAUAAGUCAACCUCACAUAUUUGAAAGAAAGAAUUUUGAAAUCACUGAUUAGAAAUAUUUCUAAGAAAAAACAAUUGGCAUAUUUCGGUAUGACCACGUAAUUUAAAGGCCAUCUUCCCAGUAUGCUACUUUUUUCAGAUAUGGUGAUAAAUACAAACUUUAAGCAGUCAUAACCUGUCAACGGAAUAUUGAAGUGCAGCAAACUAGCAUUGUAAGGAGAAUUUUAUUCUCUUUUCUGAUACCAGCAAUCCCUCAUUUCAACCUCUGCCCAGGUCUGUUUUAUUUUGCGAGAAAUCUUCAUAUUUGUCGAUUGAUAUAACUAGGGGCAGUUUUUGCUUUGAACCUCCUUGAACCUGGUCAAAGCCAAUGCUGUGCAUCAAACCAGUGACACGUUGUCUUGUGCUUGGACAACCUCGUGAAGUAUUAGAGAAAGGAAGGGGUGAACAGUCUUGUGUCAGUGAAAAUACUGCAGUACCUAGAAGUUAAUUCGAACAUUAACUUUAUUGUUAGUACAGAUGUUCCCUGAUUGUUUGAGCAGGUGCACAUUAAUGGUGCUGCUACCGUGACUUGAUUUGCAAUGCCCAGUUGAGAAGUCCACAAACGAGUCCGUUUGGUGUUUCAAAGGGUAAGGUCAUUCCAGAGCAAAGCACACCUGCGACUCAUUCUGUGGCCUGCCCCACUGAUAGAGUUGGCCUGCUGUUCCAAAAUGGCCUUGGACUUGCACCGUUGUGGGUAUGCACCGUUGGAAUACUGACCUGGCUCAUUUUAGACAUUUUUUGACAUCUUUAAGUUCACUCAGUACAAGUUCCAAGAACUGAACGUCAACAAUAUCCCUAGGCUCACAAAGGAACAAUGAGACCAAUGGAUACUUUAUGAACUUUUUAAUUGUGCCGUACUACUGCAGAUUCAAGAUGCAACAUCUGAAAGAUGGUGAUAUUUGAUAGCACUCGAAGUGCUCCCAAUGAAUUUUACUUUCAAUACACCUGCCCUUCCUAAAAUACAGGGAUGUGAGCGUGUGCUACGUGCUUAAAAUAAUUCCUUGCUAUCUGCAGGAAAUGUACAACAUGCAUGCACCUGACAGAAUCCAGGGUUGUUUUUUGUAGCCAUUUUAAAGGAAAACCUGUACAUGCAGUUGUACAAGCAUUUUUGAAAACUUAAUUCUAGUGUACAUGUACUUGUGUAACUUAUACCUAGCCUAUACACUGCUACUACUGUGACAAACUUAAAUAGUUUGAUUUUUUUAAAAGCUCGGCACGGCAACAGCACUGCAUUUACCGAGAUUUUAGCUUGGUAAAUUGUAUUCGGUGUGGCAAGCCCUUCAGCUGGAUAGGAUGUGCUGCACUGUCUGUGUUCUGAAUGGUAGUGGCACAACACCGCUCUGUUGAGUUCGGCAUGUAGCGUAACUGCCAUGCUGUUGCUGUGCUAUUGCCGGACUCGUGAAAGUUCGGCACGGCAAUAGCACGGCACAUAGCCUAGAUUUUAUGCUUAUUAUGUGGUUGUAAAAGCUUAGGUUGUUCGUGACUGAAUUGCAUUCAAAUUAUUUUUCAAAGAUAUAUGUCAAAAGACUUCAUUCUCAAUUGAGGAAAAAGGAAACCUCCCCAUCUGAUUUUCUUGCUGUAUAAUUUCAACGUAUCCACUUUUUUUGUUUUAUGUGGGCAAUGGAACAUUUUUCUCACAUCUUGAUGAAUUCCCUGGGCCUGAUUUGCUGGUUACAAAAGAAUUAGAAUAACUUUACUUGCCUAUACCCCUUUAAGUUUGAACCCUGCAGUAUUUAGUAAUCCUAUAAAAUUAAUUUCUUGCAUUUUAAUUACAUCUUUUAAAGCGGUCAAACUUAGAACAGAAAAGAACUCCAAAGAAGAUUGUGAUAUUAUUACUAAAGAAGCAGAGAAAUACCGUGCCUUUAAAAAAAAUCCAGUAAUUCUCUAUCAUUUGUGAAGAAAAAUCACCCGCAAAACAUUUUGAACCGUGUCUGCAGACCUGUGGAAAAGCCCUGCGAAUAUUGUUUUCAACUAGAUAUGAAUGUCACAAAGGAAAUGUUAAUGAAGUGUUAAUAGUGUAGUUCUUCAUUGCCGUUUGACAAUAACACCAUUCCAAAAGUCCAAAAGUGUGAAAA